AACGAGGGGCUAGGGAGGAGACAACGGUGGUGUGGCUGUCCAACCACCGUUGCGUCUACUCCGCGUCUGUAGGCGCGCCCACCCUCCUCUUCCAACCGUCUGCUCACCGGGUGCGUGUAUGCGUGUGUGUGCUGUUUUCCCUCGCGUCUGUCUUCUACAUGCAAGAUGCAUAGCUGCGCAAUUAAUCUCCCGAAAGACCAUGCAGCCACGCGGAGAACGGGAACGGGGAGAUGAAGCUUGACUCUCUGUGGCCAUGUUUUGCUUUUCCGGAGUGAGGCCCAAGUGGCGUGGUGACGGCGUGCCUUUCAACCAGGUUUCGUGCAGUCGCGAAACAACCGCCAAUAUCGAUGUUACGCAUCACCGCUCACUUGAAUCUUUUGCGACAGAUACCACGGUGAGAUGCCCCCUCUCCAGAAGCUCGCGUGGACGAAUCCCCCCUGUCUUCCCGUCCGCUCAGACCUUUUUUCCUCUAUUCGUCUCUUGUCCCCCUGUUUCCCUCCGCUUAGAAGUUAGAUCCCCCUCCCGGGGACCCUCUGCCUUGUGGGGAGCCGUGAUCCUGGCCGCAACGUUCCGAGUCGCCCAGCACAAGAGACAUGAUCCUGGUUUUUGGGGCCAGCCCGGUCAAGAGGAGGUGAAAUCGGAACAUGUUUGCGUCCGCCCCCCGGCCGCCGCCAUUUCGUUUCCGUCUGAUUUGUGCAAAGGGAGCAUUGCUGCAGCGCAGAGCACAAGUCCGUCCGUACCUACAUUGUAGGAGAGAGCCAGAGUCUGGCCCAUCAAGGCCAAGACUCGGGCGGUCAAAUCACGAAUCACGAUCCCUGCUGCCAAUCG